AGCUGCGUCAUUUCCUGUGAAAACAUGGCCGCGCACUGACAAAUGUCACAUUACUUCGUGUGCUGAAAACAAACAGGUACUAACGUCUGGUUUAUAACCUGUCCAGCGAAUCAAAAAAAGAGGCGACGCCUGGGGAGAUUUAGCUUUACAUCGUUCAACAUCCUCCGAGGAUAAUCCAGCGAACAUCAUGGUCCAUUUAUCAUCACACCUCCUAAAGAAGUACCACAAGGGUUACGUUGUCAUCCGAAUGGCCCUUGCAGGCCACAAACAAGCUAACAGGCCCUUUUAUCGCAUCGUGGCAGCUUUCAACAAAAGGGCAAGAGACAGUAAAUAUAUUGAGCAGCUGGGUACCUACGACCCUCUCCCUAACAUCCACAAUGAGAAACUUGUCAGCGUCAACUUCGACCGAAUCAAGUAUUGGAUCGGCUGUGGUGCACACCCUACAAUGCCAGUGGCCAAACUUCUAGGGUUGGCAGGAUUCUUCCCUCUGCACCCCAUGAUGAUAACGGAGGCAGAGCGUCGUAGGGCCCAGGCACAGCCAACAGAAACAACAGCAGGAACAGAGCAAGGUCUGGAGGAGGAACAGAAGCAGGCUGAAGUGUGAGAAUUAAAGCUGGGGACUGUGUGUGACUCAAGAAUAAAAGGAUGUCACGGUUAUUUGGGAAGAGAACUGAACGAUUUGUUUCCUGACUUGCUGGGUGAGGUGCACGUAUCAACUUCAGAUAGGGCACGUUGUAGCCCUGAUCAUCUCAGUGGUCUCUGAACAGAUUAUAUUACAACUGAUGCCUCACAAAAUUCACUGGCUUCGUGUUUUUGAGUGCAGACUGCCAUAACAGGCAGCUGUUUGUAUUUUCUGUUUUAUGUGACUUAAUUAAAGUGAAAUUUGAAUACUGUU